GAAGAAGAACAGUGGAGUUGCCACACUUCAACAUAAUCAUCACACAACAACCAAAACAACAACAACAACGAAGCAACAACAGUGACAACCAGCUGUGGAACUUGGAGGGGCCAGAGAACGAUAAGGGAAGGGAGGCCCAAAGGAUAGCGGAGAGUCCAGCACGCACGCAGAUCGCAGCACCUCGUACACAGUACACAGCGGACACUUGCCUCACACACGCACACACACGCACACACAUACAGACGCAGUGCAGUGCCAUGCUUCGAAAGAAGAAAGACGACCCUGCAUCGCCUUCGGCCAAGCAGGGAUCAAGACCAUCACAGAGCAACACAGACCCGUCGCGACAAGGAGCACUAUCCAGGGAUGGCAGCGGCACCAGUCUAGUGAGAAGACUCAGCAGGCGCAGCAAAGCAGAGACGGCAAGGGCGCAACACAGGCGCCUCAAAUGCUGCCCCUUAACCACAACACACUACGACGAGGCGGAACGAUAUCACCGCCCUGUGACAAAGUCGAGACUGUACACAAACCUUCACGACAUUAUCAGCGACAACAACGCACGCGCGUGCUUCUUACAGUUCUUGGAAGGGACAGAGGUGGUGCACACCGUGCAGUUCCUGCACGAUGCGUAUUGCGUCUACCAACAGUGGCGACAGAUGCCCUCAAGCCCACGCGACGAGGAGCUUCCUCACCAACGGCGGCUGCUUGACGCGCACUUUGGCAACGAUGCAGCUGCGCUCCCAAUCCCGCCAGAGACCCAAGUCAAGCUGACGACGCGGCCGGAUGCGGCCUCGCUCGCUGCGGCCAUCGCCGCCGUCGAGUCGGCACUGCAGCAGGUCUCCCUCCCCGCGUUUCUGCGCAGCCAGCACUACGCUGCCAUGUGCAGCGCUCUCCUCACGUCACCAGAGCUACGAUUGGAGGACAUUGUGCACAACGACGAGGUGUUGAUGGUGUUUAUGCAAUUCCUGGAGCGGCACAACGCAUCCACUGUCAUCCAUUUCUGGCUCCUUGCGGACAAUUUCGCCAACACGUUUGACGCCACGUCACCGGAGCAGCGCAAGGAGGACGCGCUCGGCAUUUACAACCGCUUCUUCUCGCUGCAGUCGCCCGAGCCCCUCGGUGUUGACGAGCAGGCGCGCACGGCUGUGGAGGCGAACAUAUGCAGCGAUGCCGGCGUUGGUCGCGAAUGCUUUGCGGAGCCGGAUCAUAUUGUCUACACUGCUCUCAGAUUGCACUUCUUCCCCCUCUUUCGCGAGAGCGAAGACUUUUCACACUACCUCGCAGAACUAAGCAAGCACGGCCUGGACGACAGCGGCGCGCACCCACACUCGCACGUGGGCACGAAGCACGUACGAAAGUACAGCCAUGACCCGAGCUGUCUUGGGUACGUCGAUCACUUUGGACUGUACAUCCGCGACGCCGCCGUCGCCAUGGAGCCGAGUCUCGACACAGACCUCCUCCUCACAGGUAUUGGUGUUGGCAUCGGAAGUCGCAUGAAGAAGGCGUUUGGUCGCAGCAGUCAAACCCCGCAGGAGGAAUUGUUCCAAGCGUGGGAAGCCGCAAAGAGUGUUGUGCAUGAGAUUCGGGAGCAGAUGUUCAAGACGGGCGUCCUGUAUCGACCGCAACUCGCAUGACAUCCGCGCCACGUCAUUGGUGCCAACACGUGUGGCGUCAUGUCAUGUCAUGCCAUGCCAUGUCAUGAUACG